UCACACUGGGUGUCUCUUUGUGGAGCGGGAGGCUUCUUUUUUGUUGUUGUUGUUGUUAUUUACAACAAAAUUAACCAAAACAUCUUUUAGUCGUCGGUGGCAACGACGGACGGCAAACACGGACGGCGUGUCUCAAGUCUUUGAGAGCGAAUAACCCCGAGGCGCGGCGUCUGUCUUGAUUUGUGCGAGAGAAGGAGCAGCGCAAUCAUCGCACUGGCAGAGAUCAUGCACGGAGAGGCCGGCCCUCUUUGCCAGGCGCUGAAAUGUUUGGACUUGAGACGGCAGGAUUGAAUCAGCAGGCUGUUUACAUUGGAGGGAGGGCAGUAAGAGCCGCUUGACACGAGAGCCUGUGUGUGCUUUCAUGCUGCCUCCUAAACAUUUUCACCAGCGCCCCCUUUCUGUUAGCUUCCGCCUUAGGCAGCGAGGUUGAGAUGGAGUGGUCACUGGAGAGCGUGAGGGAGAUGGUGGCUGGAGGGAUGCAGUCUGUGAGAGAGUGUGAGGUCUGUGCUUUUGCCACAGUGGCCUGUGUGCUGCUGCUGUUUCUCUGGUACUGCUACAGGGUGGGCCGGGAGCACAGCUCUAGCCCCCUGCGAGGAAGGUACCUGACUGGACCCGGCAGGAUCGGAGGAGUGGUCGGGGGCUUCAUUGGCUCGGACUGUCGCAACAGGAAAGGGAAGCCGGGUUCAAUGUUAGAGGAGCAGAAUGGUUUCGCUUUCUGCCAGUCGUCCGAGUGUUUCCGUUGCGCCAGUGCAGGGGAAAGUCUGAACCAGAGGCUCUAUCACAGCCUGCAGGAGUACGCCAAACGCUACACCUGGUCGGGCAUGGGCAGGGUGCACAAAGGAGUACGCGAUCAAGGCCGAUACCUUAACAGCCGACCGACCAUCCAGCGGCCGGAGGUCUUUUUCCUCCCCGACUUACCGUCGGCCCCUUUCUUCUCCAGGGAAGUGCAGAGACAUGAUGUUGAGCUCCUGGAGCAAAGCUUCCCUGCCCUUCUGGCCGAGUUUGAAAGCAUCUACAACCAACCUCCGGCCCGCAGUGGCUCCUCCUUGCCGCCGGGUUGGAAAGUCAACAGCACGCCUCGUGGCCAGUGGUGGACCUACUAUCUGGUCAACCAAGGCACCCCUCUGGUUCUGAAUGUCAGGAGGUGUCCGCGGGCCUGGAGGGUACUGGGCCAGCUGCGCACUUUCAUUACAAACAACGUGUUUGGAAACGCCUGUUUCUCCGUGCUGUCGCCAGGAGCGCUCAUCACCGAACAUUACGGUCCGACAAACGUGCGGCUUCGCUGCCACCUGGGUCUCAGAGUUCCCCCCUCCUGUGAGCUUGUGGUCGGUGGAGAACCUCAGUGCUGGUCCGAGGGCAGCUGUCUGCUUUUUGACGACUCUUUCCUCCACAGGGCCUUCCACGAGGGGGUCACAGAGGACGGACUCAGGGUGGUCUUCAUGGUGGACCUCUGGCACCCCAAUGUGGCCGCCGCUGAGAGACAAGCCUUAGACUACAUUUUCACCCCAGGCCGGUUAGAGGAGAAGGAAGGGAAAUAGGAGCACGCAUGUGAGGAAUCAUUGGGGUUAGACAGCCAACUCUCACAUUCACUGUGUGCUUUAUUUGUGUUAUCGCUCAGAACAUGACAGAAACAUUGUUUGUCAGCCAUAGCAACAGCACACUUUCAUAUUGGUCAUGUGGCAAAAUGCUAAUUGUUACACAUUGGCUUUCUCAGUCGGAACCCAAUCAUUCAAUUUGGCAAAGGCUAUAUGUUGAGGUACCGAGUGCACAAUGGGGACAACAUUAGGGCCAUUCCACCUGACCGCUGCCAUUUAAAAUAAACUUAAAUGUAUGUCCUCUUUUCACCUCAAAAUCCAAUACACAUAUUGACCUGCUUAAAAGACAUAUUGGCCAAACAUCUUUCUAUUAACAAUAUUUGUAAAGAUGACAUAUUCGAGUAACAGGACUGAAAAUAACAGGAGUGAGUUUUUAGCAAUUCAAUUGAUUUAUUUCGAACACAACAAACCAUCUAAGAUUGAAAAUAAAAAUGAAUUACCGUAUUUUCUGGACCAUAGGGCGCACCGCCGAUGAAUAGUCUAUUUUUAUAUUAGGCGCACCGGAUUAUAAGGCGCAUUAAAGGAGUCAUAUUAUUAUUAUUAUUUUCUAAAUGUAAAAGACUUCCUUGUUGUCUACAUAACAUGUAAUGCUGGUUCUUUGCUCAAAAUGUUGCAUAGAUGAUGUUUUACACAUCAUCUUCAACACACUUUCUGACAGUCUCUUCAGGAUGCACCGUUUUGUGGGCGGUCUUAUUUACGUGGCUCACCUUCGACAGCGUCAUCUUUGUUGUAGCGUGCAAGGACGGGAGUGGAAGAAGUGUCAAAAGAUGGCGCUAACUGUUUUAAUGACAUUCCAGUGUUUCCCAUAAACUGCCAAGAUACCUGUGGCGGUGGGGGCGUGGCUAUGGGCGUGGUCACCCUGACAUCAUCGGGUAAUUUGCAUAAUUUACUACAAUGAUAUGAUUUUCUCUAAAAAGGCUCAAAAAAUGUAUACUUACUAAUUAAUAAUAACAGUUUUGUUUUAAACGUCCAUCCAUCCAUCCAUCCAUUUUACAAUAUAAUUACAACACUUUAUGUACAUAUUUAUAUACAGAUUUGAACAAUAAGUUAUUCACUGAAAUAUAUUUAUUAAUUGUGGUUCUUACAAAAAAUAUAUCUUAUAAAAUAUAAAAGCUAAAAUGUCUCUUAAAGCUCUGCCCCUUUAAUUAGUGCAUACUAAAUAAUUUAACUUUAGCCUACUACUACAAGCAUAUUAUUUACCAGCAACAUAAAGUGAAACAGAGGCAGAGGUGUCCUGCCACAGUCAGUAACAAAUAAACAGAAAACAGUAGUGGUCAAAUACAAAUAAGGCAACAAGAGAAGUAUCCUACACUUCUCUUUUGUAAAGUAAAUCUGAACAGCCUAUAUGGGCAUCUACAUCAACUACAUGAUUUGCCUGAGAAGCUGGACAGGACAAAAAUAAAAAAAAAUAAAAAAAUAGUUUUAUUUGUGGCGGACGUAAUUCUUUCGUGGCGGGCCGCCACAAAUAAAUGAAUGUGUGAGAAACACUGCAUUCCCACUUUACUUCAAUCAAUAACGGAGCAGCAUCUCCUCAUCCGGAAACAACAACACAGGAAAUGUGUCCCGUGAAAAACCGUCCGACCGUAACUCUCUAAUAACUAAAGUUCCUUGGGUGAAUAAUGUCAACUCACUACACCGGUAUGUUUUAGUGCUUUCAUGGCGAGUUCACUGACAGAUAUAAGUAAGAACUUUAGGUAACACUUAAGUAUGGGGAACAUAUUCACCAUUAAUUAGUUGCUUAUUAAAGUAACAAAGACUUAAUUUAGAGUUAUUGGGACACUAGGGGGACAUAUAAGGGUUAGGGUUAGAUAGAUAGAUAGAUAGUACUUUAUUGAUUCCUUCAUGAGAGUUCCUUCAGGAAAAUUAAAAAGGGUUACUAUUAAGCGAUAAUUCUAAGGUUAUUGAGGGAAGACUCUUAGUUAAUGGCUUACUGGUUGUAUAAUAAGGCCAUGCAGAAUAAGGCAUUAAUAAGUACUUAAUAAUGAUUAAUUCAGAGCCAAUAUGUUACUAAUUUGCAUGUUAAUAAGCAACUAAUUAAUGGUGAAUAUGUUCACCAUACUAAAGUGUUACUGAACUUUACACUACUUUGUAUUAGAAAUGGCAACAGUGGAGAAUGAACGUAUUUUGUUGUUUUCUUACUGUACCGAACCGUGACCUCUAAACCGAGGUACGUACCGAACCGAAAUUUUUGUUUACCGUUACACCCCUAAUAUAUAUAUAAUAUUUGUUACAUCACUGAAUAUUAUUAAAGUUUAAAAGGUAAGCAAUUGCAUGCAGUACAUGGUUUUUCUUUUCUGUCAAACGGGAAAGAAUAAAUACCGUAUUUCCUUGAAUUGCCGCCGGGAAUAUGGUAUUCGCCUGCCUAGAAUUACAGCCGGGUCAAACUCGUUUCGCAAAAUAAUUAGCGCAUGCUUGGCACUUCCGCCGGGUCAAAUAUGAGUCAUUAAAUGACUCCCGCCUCCUGGUGGUAGAGGGCGCUAGUGAUCCUUCUUGCGACUACCAGUACUGCAGAAGACCGGUGCUGCAGAAGAAGACAAGCAGCAAGCGUGAGCAGCGAUCGUUUGCUUGCACUUUUACCAUGGAGGAUUACAUAUCUAAAAUAAAACAGUUUUCUAAACUGGACUUUCAAUCGAAGCAGGAAGUAAUAAUUAAAGGAAUAUCUCCAUAGACUUUUAAAACUGAAGAAAGAUAAGGAAGACUGCCUUUGAUCAGAAGCAGCUGCACAGGGACAUCAUUUAUAAGUAAAGGUAAGACCCUAAUAACGCUUUUUUUUUAAUUAAAUGUGCUUUUCAUGAUAAGGUAAGCGCCGGAGUGAGAAGAGGUUUUAAAAUAAUUAGCGCAUGCUUGCCCAUCCCGCAUGCUUUUGGUAAGCGCAGGAGUGAGAAGAGAUUUUAAAUUAAUUAGCGCCCCGGCGGCUAUUCAAGGAAAUACGGUACAUUGAGUAAAAACACCUGUGUGUUAGGGUAACAUGACUGACUGAAAACCCAGUGACACCACUUAAGUGUGAAUUGAGUUGUUUUUGUUUUUUAAAGAAAAUAAACUUAAAAUCUGGUUGGGAUGAGAAGUAAAAACAUUUAUUAUAUUGAAGUUGUAUUUAUUAAAUAUCCAAUCCACUUUGCUCAUUUAAAAAAUGUAUUUUUGUUGUGCAUUUUUACAUUUGACAUACAUAAGGCGAAUGGCAGCGAUUCAGUGGAAUGGCCCUUUAUAUUAGAGCGAUGUUAUUGCUGUUCCAUAUGAUAAGAGUGUCAGUCCUGACAUGAAUGUUUACAGAGCUGAUGACUCCUGCUCGUGCGCUGGCUUCAUGCUGCUCAGCUCCUGGUUGAAGAAGCACAUUUACUGUAUGCUUGCAUCUUAUAAGUUGCCCUGUGGAGAAACAACCUUUGUGUUCAAUUUGCUGAACUCUUGUAAUUUGUUAGUAUUUGAUAUUACCUUUCUAUUCCUGUAAAUAUGUGGGGGUUGAGGUUAAACUAUUAAGUGCUGCUGUGUUUUGAAGGAUUCUGAUAACUAUGGUGUUGUCUUGAGUUGCAGUGCUCUUCAUUUGUUGAUCCAAAAUUUGAAGAUUUUUGCAAAAUACUGAAGUACGGUGGUACCUGAGUUUUCGUACGCCACUUGUUUCGUAUGAUUUGCCAAAAUACUGCCCAGUUUUUGGAGCCCGUCUCGGUCAAGGUGUGGCCGGACGUUGCGCCGACUAAACUUGUCCGUUUUCUUUCCAAUCCUUGCAAGAAAUCAAGUGCCCAGACAAAUAAUGCCACAUGUUGUAGGCGUCACAGUCUUUGUGCUUUUCUUAUUGAGUAUGACUGCAAAAUAAGCCACCGUCGGGCCAAAAAAAGUUGCAAGUGUCAGCACUAGGGAUUUCACAUCACUGUUUUUUUUACUAAAUUAAAUGAAAUAAAUAGACACAUAUACUUUAUUGGCAGAAGAAACAUUAAAUAUUUUUCUGGCUUCUUCAGAGCCGUAUUAAUAUUAUUGUUUUUGUGUAUAUAU